AUGUCGACAACCGGAAGCGGCGUUGCUACCAGGCCGGAUCAUUGGGGUACGGCGGGUAUCGUUUGCAGCCUACUCACAGGGCUUCUCAUCAGCACCUGGGGCUAUUACACCCCAUGCGGAGUCGUGGGCUCAGCUCUCGUUGUUGCGUCAGGUUUCAUGUUGACCCGUCUCCAAGUCGACGCAUCCGCAGCGCAGUGGGUCGGCUUUCAGGCGACGGGGGGUAUUGGGUUGGGUUUGGCGUCCGAGGUGCCCAUCAUCGCCAUCCAGACCGUGUUGGCGAACACGGACAUUGAGGUUGGGUUAGCCAUGGUGAUGCUGUGCCAGUCGCUGGGCGGCUCAGUCUUGCUUAUGGCAGCACAGAAGAUCUUUAUAUCACGUCUGCAGGGCAUCCUUCAAACAUCGGGACUUGCAGAGUCAGGUCAGUCUCUCGACGUGGUGGGUGCGACAUCUAUCUGGGAGAAAGUACAACCCGGGGAACGGAGGCAAUUCCUGCACAAAUAUAACGAGGCGCUGCGGUUGCCCUAUUACUGUGCUGCCGCUGCCGCUCUGAUCGGCUUUGGAUGCGCCCUCAACCUGGGAUGGGUAAGUGUUAAGAAGAUGCACCGUUGA